AUGAGGCCCCAGAUACGAUCCUUUCGUGAGUGUGAGAAGUAUCGCCCUGUUAUUCUGGAGCGUCGUUUGAGUGUAUUUGUUUCUUGGUCUGUACGUGUGUGUUGGAUGAAUAUCCUCUUAAUUGGGGAACGGCGGGCGUACGCAGAGGCAAACUGUCACCGCCUUGUUUUGCACCUGCCUUUUUUUUUCUUUUUUUCGUUUGGGAGUAUGAAGCGGAAAGGCCUUGUCCAGGCACAAUCUUCAGCCACCUUGGGUCAUGAUCCGCAGGUGUGUCUUCUUUCACUUAUUUCAUAUUAUUUUUUUUACUGUGGAACGGUGGCAUAUGGGAAUCUGUUUGUGAUGUUUAUGUAUUGGUUUGCUUGUUUUUUGCCUCGCCAGAGAUGUGUGGGGAAAGAAGAACGUAUGAAGGGUAAAAAAUUACGGUGCGGGAUCGCCAUCCGAUGGUGA